UCUGGAUGAGGGGGGUUAGGAAAGCCGGGGUUCCAGGGCCGUAUUAAAUUCUUGUAACCUGAAACAUGUAUUGUAGGUAUUAUUAACGUUCUGUAGUUUUCUUUAUUUUUGUACGAUUGCAUGUAUCGUUGUAGCGAUAAAUUUUCAAUUCGUCAUUGAAGACAAUGCAUAUACCAUAUAUUUACUCUCGUUUCACUUGCUUUCUUCGAUUCUCUUCAAUUCCAUAAUUUCGCGAAUCGAUCUUCCGUUUUACGAUAUACGCGACGAAAACGGUAGUUCGAGACUGCGAAUGCCUCGUAAUCGUUUGAAUAAGAAAAGAAUUUCGCAGCCAAUCGUGCGGUGCUACGUGAAGCAACUCGAGCCGCGAUUGGCAGAAAUUUCUUGUUUCGAUAGUCGAUUGUUUCCAAUUUUGACAAUUGAAAGCGCGACUCGAAGCAUUUUUACAAAAUCAUCGUGACUUUCUCAACCUACUGGUACGACUUUCUCUAAACUUUCGGUCCGCGGUAUUCGAGGAACACGAUUUUUCGCGAUUCCUCCGUAGGUUGGAAGUAAAACGGGAAUUAUCGAUGGAACCCUGGGCGCCCUACGAUGGCGUCGACCCUGCAAACGUUCUACUGUUAGUAGAGGGGGUAGAGAGGGGCUGGCUCGUACCGGCGGCGCCUGCAGUGACCGGCUGGUGUCCGUGAGCACCCGGGUGUUGAAAACGUGGUCACGAGAAGUCAAAACGGUGUUUUCCCUUGAAGAGGUCGACGCCAAGAGCAUCGGUAGACUUCCCCCUCGUCUCGUGGGUGUUAAAAUAAGGAUCGUCCGCUUGGUCGUGCGCACCUCUGUAUCAAUUCGUUCGCCUUUCUUCUUCCUACUCUGUGGUCUGUCUCUCUCCAACAAACGGGGACAGAUCGGUUCACGCGGUUUUCCAUGUCAACGACACGCGCGCUCCUACCAAGGCCAGCGUGCUACGCCCCGCACAGAGCAGCCUCCAUCGUCGCCGUCAACCGAUCGCUCCACGUAGCGUUCGUGCCCGUCGUCGACGGCUCGUACUCUGCGUCGUGUCGUCGGUGGUCAACGCACGGUUCGUUGUGGUCAUUGUCGUCGUCAUCUGGUCGGUGGUCAAAGAGGGCCGGCGAGCGUCGAAGUACGUGCAGACUUAUCACCGGGGCGAGGAGGAGGCAGGGCAGCGUCGCUCGCGCCAGCCUGAGAUGAGCGACCAUGGCUGCAUACACUUAAAUAAUUUCAAAGCAGCCAAGGGUAUCCAGCCGUACAAAGUGAUACACUCCUAUUUCGUGACCAGCACGUCGACCGAGGCACGCGUAAGAAAGGCUGUAAGCUGUUUAUGUCACACAUGUAAAACAUACAAAGACCGCCUUCAUUCUUGUCUUCACUGUAUAUUCUUUGGUUGCUACGUGAAAGGUCAUAUACAGGAACAUGCGAAGACCAAAAAGCACUUUUUAGCUGUUGAUCUUUGUUAUGGAAAUAUUUUGUGCUUCCAAUGCGGCGAUUAUGUAUACGAUAGAGAAUUAUUGGCAGUUGCCAAAGCUCAGUGGAGCGAGUCUGCAAAGUCUCUAAGCUUUGGAGAAUUUUAUCGAGCAUGGGAACCAACGCAAAUAGAGGCAGAGUUACUGAGGAAACAUCCGCGCAGAAGACGCGUUGUAGAAAAUUCUACUAUAGGUCUAAGAGGACUUAUAAACCUUGGAAGUACAUGUUUCAUGAACUGCAUUGUGCAGGCGCUCAUACACACGCCACUAUUACGAGAUUAUUUCCUUGCUGAUCGCCAUCACUGCCCACAACCCUCCCGCUGCCUGGUGUGCGAAGUGUCCCAUCUUUUUCAGGAAUUUUAUUCUGGUAGCAAAGCACCAUUGACGCUUCACAAGCUUCUACAUUUGAUAUGGACGCAUGCCAGACAUUUAGCAGGUUACGAACAGCAGGAUGCCCACGAAUUCUUUAUAGCCACGCUCGACGUGUUGCAUAGACAUUGCGAAGCAGCGCCGAUUUUAGUAAAAGAUAAUCCGCAUCAUUGUAAUUGUAUCAUCGAUCAGAUCUUUACCGGUGGUCUUCAAAGCGACGUGGUUUGUCAGGCGUGCAACGGAGUAUCGACCACGAUAGACCCGUUCUGGGAUAUAUCGUUGGAUCUGGGUCCGGCUGCUAGCGCGUCAGGUUCCGAUAGUUCUGGCCCCCCUACCUCAUUGUUAGAUUGCCUGGAAAGGUUCACGCGUGCAGAGCAUUUGGGAUCUAGCGCGAAAAUAAAGUGCAGCAAUUGUCAAACCUAUCAAGAGAGUACCAAGCAAUUGACGAUGAAACAACUCCCUAUCGUGGCCAGUUUUCACUUGAAACGAUUCGAGCACUCUAGCAUACAGGACAAGAAGAUUUCCACAUUCAUCUCGUUUCCAGAACAAUUAGACAUGACACCUUUUAUGUCGCAUAGACGAAACGGCAACAAUAACAGUGCGAUGAUAGAUGGACUACCAAAGAACGGAGAAGACAUGGCAUUCAGUGACAAUAGAUAUUCAUUGUUUGCGGUGAUAAACCAUGAGGGUUCUUUGGAAACUGGACAUUACACUGCCUUUAUACGGCAACAAAGAGAUCAAUGGUUUAAAUGUGACGAUCAUUUGAUUACAAGAGCAAGAUUAAAAGACGUCUUAACUAGCGAGGGGUAUCUUCUUUUUUAUCAUAAACAAAUUUUGGAGUACGGUCGAAACAACAAGGUGUAAACGUUAGAUCAUGUAAUUAAUUUAUUUAUCACGACGAAUCAUGGGCGGUAGACUUAAGUUCUUUAGCAUCCUAAGAGAUAUGUAAACAGAUGAUUUCGUUUUGAAAACUGGUCUCGUAAAUUUCAUCCGACUUACAGAAAUUCGCUUAUCGGUUGAACGCGUGUGAUAUGCGCGACAAAAUAAAAAAGAAAAAAAACACACACACACAGAAACAAAGGCCUCAAAACAAAAAUUUCGAACUCCUGUCCGAAGUAAUAAAUCGUUGGAAAGUGAUUCAGACGGAAGUACGUUUAAAGUUAGAAGAGCGAGUUACCGAAUGACUAUACCGUUACGCUUUGAUUGUUCAAGUAAAAAGAUAAAACUAGAAAUUACUCAUUGUUAAAAAUAGUUAAGAUUGACCGGAUGUCGCUCUGUUAGCAUAGAUGUUUGUCGUGAUGUUCGAACUUUUAAUUAAUGAACAUUUCGGAAAGUAUAAGGAUGUAAACAUCGUGUUUGCUAUAAUUUCAUCUUUAUUUCCACCAUCGUGUUUUACGUUCGACGACAUUUAGGCCGACGCACACGGAGAUUGAUUUUUCUUGUUCGUGUCCUAAAGUACCAUAAGCGUAGUUGUAAGAUUAGCUCAAUUUUUUUAAACGACCGAUCGCAUUUUUGUAUAUCGCUGACUGUUGUUAUAUUCCUGCCCUGACACUUGUAUACAUGAGAUACAAAGGAUGGAUUACACGAUCAAGAGCGUUUUUUUUUCUUAAUUCAUUUUUGUCUCAAAACUGUAUUACAAGUAAUGCAUUAGACGUUGCGUACUCGUUCGAUUAAAACAACUUUCCUCGCGCGAUUCGUCGUGUCAACCGUCCUUUGGUGAAUCACUUUUGUACAAAUGAAUUAACGUA